ACCUACAUAAUACAAGUACAGCUCGAAUACACAAUAGAUCAUAAAUUUCCCACCAUGACAAAUCGAGCCAUAUCGUCUGUAAAUGUCCAUUCAUAGAAACUACGAAAUGGCAUACAUACGCUAAUUAAUUUAACGUACAGGCGCAAUCGAAUCAUAAGUAUUCUAGCUACACAUUUAUUUGGACCUUCUUAGAAAACAGUCGUUUCAACAAAUCUACAAAUACAGCCCUCAAAAUGUCAGCUGCCAUCCAAGUUUUACUUACAACAGUUUUUAUUCUCCAAGUUAUGUCUCACGACUUACUUCUCGGUUACCCUGAUGUGAAUUCGAAGCUCAUCUACAGUAAAGUACAUCAAGAGAAUCCAGCCAUUUGGGUCCGUUGGGAAGACAUCACCGUCAACUGUUCGAGAAACGAAGUGAUCAACGCCAUCAAAGUCUUGGACCUUAGGCAGGAUAAGUGGGGAGAAGCGUACAUCAAGAAAGGAGGGAUCGGGGAGAAAAGUGUGACGAUCGAGUUGGACAGCCCUACGGUCUUCAGAGGAUACAACUUUUGGGUGGAAGUGUAUGCGAUUGAGACCAAUGCGUUCCUGUUCAACCAUGGGAGGAAGUGACUAGUCAGUAAGGUGUUUGUUGGAGCAUAUAACCCUAAACUUUACCAUAAGUGGUAUAACCAUGUUAUCGUAUGAGUUUUGGCUGUACGGCGUCCCCAGCAGAUGGAAGGGGAAGGGGGAUGCCCGAAUGGACCUCGAUCAAAAUAACAUCAUGUGCUGACAAUAAAUAAAUAGUGUAUGAAAAGCAA